AGGUUCAAAUAUUGUAAUGGAGCAGGACAUAGAUAAGCCUAAUAAUAACUAGUACAACUAGAGGGAGGGUUGGCAACAUGAAAUGCUAGAUGAUAUGGUAAAGUGCCAGACGAAACUCUUGUACACACCAGACUUACAGGAUCACCACCAAGAUGACUAAAUUAAAGCAAGUUAUACUGGCUUAUUGCCUGGUGGGAUGUAUGGCACAGUGCCCACCUAGCGAGGACCUUGGUCCAUGCCAGUGUCAUGAAGAUGCUAAUGGUGUUCCUGCCCUACGGUGCCAGGACGUGACUGGUUGGGACGAAAUGGAAAACAUUUUUGCCAACUUAGGGCUGACACAUGUAAGCAGUGUGGACAUCAUCUCUUCACCGGGCCUAACAGAUCUCCCACCGUUAGCAUUUGCUGAUGUGUUAAUAGAUGCCAUACGUUUCUAUAAUACAGGCCUGGUGUACCUAAGCAAGGAAGUCUUUAGUGAUGUUACAGCAAGUGGGCUUCAGACGCUUUACAUCAAACAUAAUUCAGAGUUCACAACCCUCGAAAACGAUGUGCUUGCUUCCCUGCCUGCUUUAGAAACUCUCUACUGCUCAAACAACCAGCUGGGCAGCCUAGACGGUGCACUGGAAACAAGUGUAUCCUAUAUAGACUUUGGCCACAACGCUAUCACUACAAUAUCUGCAAAUUACUUUUCUGGAGCACAAAACCUGAGUCGACUGCUCUUGCCCUUCAAUGAGUUAACAACCGAGUCACUAGGGCCUGAGAGCCUGACGUUCUCUGGUGAUGAGGAGGAUAUGUAUCUGGACCUGGCUUGGAACCAACUAUCUCAAGGAGUGCAACCCUCGGCUUUUGGAGGGAGAAUGCCCAAGGAGUUGAUCUUGAGUCACAACAACAUUACAAGCCUUGUUUACGACACAUUUUCAGCCCUGCUCGAUCAGAUGGUUUCCGAGCACGGCACAGAUGCUUAUAUACUUUUGGACAGUAACGAACUAGGAUGUGGGUGUGACAUGUCGUGGGUUGUGUCAUACGCCGCUCGGGACCAGCUUCAGCAGGCAGAGUGUACCGACGGUCGUCUUGUGUCUGGUCUUACCGAGGAGGACUUUGCCAGUUGUUAGGGAACUGUACCUCAUAAUUACACCAAAUAUAGUAGUAUUUAAUCCAUUCAUAUAACCAACAGUAUAAAAGCAGUGCUGCUUAUUUACCUGUCACUCGUGAGUCUUUACAACAAUUAUUGUAAGAUAGCAAACUCCUACUUACCAUUAUGUUAACCACUUACAUUGCAACUGGUUUGAUGAAAAUAAAAUGUCAAAAAGUUUAAA